AUGACAAUCCACUGGAAACCAAAAAUUUGGCUUUUCUCGGUACCUUUGCGGUAUACGAUAUAUUUAACAUUAAUAGCAGAAAGAUUAGCCCAAAAGAAUUGUUUGGUGAAAAAAUUAGAAAUUGUAGAAAUUCUCGGUACGACAUCGAUUAUCUGUUCGGAUAAAACUGGUACACUGACACAAAAUCGGAUGACAGUUGCUCACAUGUGGUUUGAUAAUCGGAUUGUCGAAGCAGAUACCACUGAAAAUCAAAAAAAUUCCACCUAUGACAAGAGUACACCUGGUUGGUUGGCUCUGGCGCGUUGUGCCAUGUUGUGUAAUCGUGCUGAUUUCAAACAAGAUCCGAAUAAUUUAGCGCAACCAGUGUUACAACGUCAAUGCAAUGGUGAUGCAUCCGAAGUGGCUUUAAUCAAAUGUGUUGAACUAUCGAUGGGCAAUACGAUCGAAUUCCGUGAGAUCAAUCGAAAAGUGUGUGAAAUUCCAUUUAGUUCAAUGAAUAAAUAUCAACUAUCGAUUCAUGAAUUAUAUACUGACAAUGAAAGUGAAAAUGAUUCUUGGCCUUAUUUACUGGUGAUGAAAGGAGCUCCUGAACGAAUUUUUGAACGAUGUUCAAGUAUAUUUAUCAAUGGCACAGAUGUUGAAAUGAACGAUUCUUGGCGAGUUGCAUUCCAACAAGCUUAUAUGGAAUUGGGCAAUUUGGGAGAACGGGUAUUGGGUUUUUGUGAUUUGCGUCUGUCAAGUCAUGAUUAUCCGAAAGACUAUCAGUUCGAUGGGGAGGAAGCUAAUUUUCCACUUUACAAUCUUCGUUUUCUUGGUCUCAUGUCGAUCAUCGAUGUACCGAGAGCAGCUGUUCCUGAAGCGUCAGUAUCGCAGGCAUUUUUAUUUGCACGACCACCAUUCUCACUUUUGUUUUAUAUUGUGUAA